ACAAGUACUAUUUUGUUUGUUCUCCUUUCUACCGACCUAACACGAGAGGAGAGGAGAGAAGAGAGAAAGCUUUUGGGGUUUGAAUCUAUAGAAUAGAAUCAAACCAAAUUGAAAGAAGAUCGAUCGAUCGAUCGAUGGCUCUGGUCGGAGUUGAAGUGAAGCAUGCGGCGGAGGGCGCACCGGAGGAGAAUUGCUCCGCCAAGCCCACCAAGCAGGGCGAGGGCCUCCGCCACUACUAUUCUCACAACAUCCACGAGCAUCAGCUCCUUCUCCGUCAAAAGACGCAUAACCUCAACCGUCUUGAGGCUCAGAGAAACGAGCUCAAUUCCAGGGUGAGGAUGCUGCGCGAAGAAUUACAGCUUUUGCAGGAACCAGGCUCUUAUGUUGGUGAAGUUGUCAAAGUCAUGGGCAAGAACAAAGUCCUUGUCAAGGUCCACCCAGAAGGAAAAUAUGUCGUUGAUAUUGACAAAAGUAUUGACAUUACAAAGAUUACUCCAUCCACUAGAGUUGCACUUCGCAACGACAGUUAUGUUCUUCACUUAGUUCUGCCAAGUAAAGUUGAUCCAUUGGUCAAUCUGAUGAAAGUUGAGAAAGUUCCCGAUUCUACUUACGACAUGAUUGGUGGUUUAGACCAGCAAAUUAAAGAAAUAAAAGAGGUCAUUGAGUUACCAAUCAAACAUCCUGAGCUGUUUGAAAGUCUUGGAAUUGCACAACCAAAGGGUGUCCUGCUCUAUGGGCCACCUGGUACAGGAAAAACAUUGUUGGCUAGGGCAGUGGCUCAUCAUACUGACUGUACAUUCAUCAGGGUGUCUGGUUCUGAAUUAGUUCAGAAAUACAUUGGAGAAGGUUCUAGAAUGGUCAGGGAACUUUUUGUUAUGGCCAGGGAACAUGCUCCAUCAAUUAUCUUCAUGGACGAAAUUGACAGUAUUGGAUCUGCUCGGAUGGAAUCUGGAAGUGGCAAUGGUGAUAGUGAGGUACAGCGUACUAUGCUGGAACUUCUCAAUCAGUUGGAUGGAUUUGAAGCUUCAAACAAGAUCAAGGUUUUGAUGGCCACAAAUCGGAUUGAUAUCCUGGAUCAAGCCCUCCUUAGACCUGGACGGAUUGACCGGAAGAUUGAAUUUCCAAACCCUAAUGAAGAGUCUCGGCUGGAUAUUUUGAAAAUCCAUUCAAGAAGAAUGAAUUUAAUGCGUGGCAUUGAUCUGAAGAAGAUUGCCGAGAAGAUGAAUGGAGCAUCUGGUGCUGAACUUAAGGCUGUUUGCACCGAAGCUGGAAUGUUUGCAUUGAGGGAGCGGAGGGUACACGUGACUCAGGAGGAUUUUGAGAUGGCUGUGGCCAAGGUGAUGAAAAAGGAGACUGAAAAAAACAUGUCAUUGCGGAAGUUGUGGAAGUGAUUUUUAUUUCAUGUUUGUGGUGCACAUUAUUAUCCUGCGAAGAUGGGCAGCGAACACACCUUAGGGUUAUUUCAAUUUACAGUGGCAUUGGAUUUCAUUUUGCUUAAGUUUACCAAGUUAUGUACCGAAUCAUAUGAUUCUUUCUUUGAGUUUUUCCUUGUCUGUGUCUUCGGACGGCACACUACAUUUAUAGAGUAUUUUUAAAAGAUUUAUAUUCAAGACCACUAA